AUGGCGCCUGUGACUGGCAGUGCCACGGCUCGUCUCCUGCUGAAUAGUUUUAUAUUGGCUAUCUUUACAGCAUAUGUGAUCAUAUCAGCCCGUAUAUCAAAUGGAUGUGUCUCAGCUAUACGGAUCUAUGAUCGGGACUCUCUGUUUCGUAUUAAAGAGUCAAUGAAGGGCCUGUUUGAUACAUGGGGAGAUCAAGGAAAAGAGGCUCGCGUUCUGGAGUCCAGGUCAAACGAAGACGCGCUGCAGCUCGCAUGGAAUCUGUCUUCCGCGGCCAUGGAGAACGAGCAAGGUGUUUACGCCGGAUCCCUCUCCUCAAUGUGUGUGACAGCACACCCACGCUGCCACCUGCCUGGACCACAAGGACAGUUUUUGAGCCUACACAGCGCUGGAGUAUUGGUCAGUGGCUUUCAUCGUGUCCACGCUCUUCUGUGUUUACGCCGGUCCCUCCUGCACUGUCCAGCUGGAGCCGACGUGACCGCUGGUCUUGCCUUCGACCAAUCCCGCUGCGUUCCGCAGACACUGCCUCCGUGA